AGUCAUAGAUCCAUCCGGAAUCUGUAUACCGCACUCACCCCGCCCCCCAUAAAAGGAAGUUCGAAUCCCAAGGGGAGGCGGAAUCCUCAUAUUCUACGGCGUCGUUUUAUUUCUCUUUUUCCUGUUUCUCAUUCUCGGUCUCCUUCUCCUUUAAAAUCUAGACGACGUCCUUUUCGUCUUCUGUUUCUGUUUCUGCUUCCUUUUCUUCUUUGUGAACUUGCGUUUACGUCAUCUGUAAAAGCAAGAUAAUCGAUGGGACUGAUAUUGGAAGGGGAAGAAAACGACCAAGUCUUGCUUCCUCCCUCCAAUUUCUCAAUGGUCGAGGACGGCAUUUUCAGAUCCGGCUUCCCUCAACCCUCCAAUUUCCCAUUCCUCGACUCCCUAAAUCUCCGAUCCAUCAUAUAUUUGUGUCCCGAACCAUACCCGGAGGAGAACUUGGAGUUUCUUAGCUCUCGGAAUAUUCGGCUCUUUCAGUUUGGAAUCGAAGGGAAGACGGAGCCUUCUGUAUCUAAUCUCAAGGAUACGAUCAUGGAGGCUCUGAAAGUCUUAAUUGAUGUUAGAAAUCAUCCAGUUUUGAUCCAUUGUAAGCGUGGGAAGCAUCGGACAGGUUGUCUGGUUGGUUGCCUGAGAAAAUUUCAGAAUUGGUGUUUGUCUUCUGUGUUUGAGGAGUACCAACGAUUUGCUGGUGCAAAAUCUAGGGAAAUAGAUUUGACAUUCUUAGAGACGUUUGACGCGGAGUGCCUGAGACAGUGUCUUUACAGCAUUAUAUACCAAUAUCAAGGAUAUGGCUCGAACAAGAGGCGUUUGCUGUACCGAGAAGAGAAUUUACAAAAGCCCCAAAUCACGUCAGUUUAGUCGGACCGUGGAUGAGCCUUUUUAUUUCCUUAUUUUUUGGAAAUAAAAUAGUUUUUACUUCGCUGAGGUGUUUUAGUUACGCACCUUCUUUGUAUCUGAAAAAAAUGUAAAAAAAAUAGAGAUUAAAAAUACUAAAUGAUUCUUGAUUUUUUCA